UAAACAAACUACCCGUCAUUUAAAGUUUGCGGGAUCAAAACAUCAAAGCAUGUCUUUUUCCCCCAAAAAAUCUGCAUGAAUUAAUCUAAUCCAAUUUCCCAGGCCGUGCAGUUAAAAUGCAGUCAGCGUUCUUCUUGUGGAUUUACCCAGAUUAUGCAAAAUGUAAAAUAUUGCUUUUUUUUUUAAGUGAUGGACCAAGUCAUCUAUGUUACUAAUCCUACAAAAUAGUGGGAGGGGCUUUUAUUUAAACAUUGAGAAGACGUGCAGCCUUGUAACUUCACUAUUAACGUGAGCUAUUGCUAAUGCUUUAAAUAUCUCGUACAGUAAAUGACCCUUAUUUUUCCUCUCCGUACAGUAACACUGUACCUGCGGGCUGGACUCGCGAUGCAGUGAUUGGGUUCGAAGGUUUGCUACAGUGCGUUGCAGUCAAAGGAACAUUGUCGUAAAAUCUAACUAAAUGAUGCAGCAGUUUUGAUGUUUAUGAUGCGGAUUUUUGCGAGCGCGACGGCGUCGUGUGCAGUCAGGAUGUUACCGGGCUGCCUGCACUGCGUCUAACAUGUCUCGGUUUCCUCUGUGAGGAGUAGAAGGAGAUGUGUUUUGGGAGGCGACAGUUUUUCGCCGCAAUGUGGAUGCUCUCGCCGUUGGAUUGCUGAACCUCGGAUGGUGCCCUGGUAACACUCCACGGAGCACUUGUGCUGUUUGUGCUGACGUUGCAAUGUUCUGAGAUGACUAGUUCGGUUGGCUUUAAUGCAUUCAGUCUACACACUGCACCACAUGAUGUUUCAACAAGGGGCUAGGAUGCUGGGCAGAGAGAUCGUUUACCGUUACCUGCCACGAAGCUCAUAUCUCAUGCAUGGAAAGCUGUAAACGGAUAUCUACAUUAGGAGGGUAGAGGUACUCCGGAGGAGAGCUGUGCACUGCGAGGCUUGGUCGCAUUCCUACACUUCACCCUGUCCUAUUUCACUUGUCAGCCCUGCCUCCGAAUGUCCGAUCGCAGGGGAGCGGCAGCCAGUGAAUCGGACCCCGCCAGAGCCUCCCUCCGCCUCGGCGCGCCUCACUGAAGGAAGCCGGCCGCCACAAUGACCGUGAUCGCGGGCGACAACUUGGACGACGCGUCGGCUCUGCCCGGACACCCGCAGGACACCUACGCCCCGGCCAACGACGACCACGAGUGCUGCGAGCGGGUGGUCAUCAACAUCUCGGGGCUGAGGUUCGAGACCCAGCUGAAGACCCUGGCCCAGUUCCCCAACACGCUGCUGGGCAACCCCAAGAGGAGGAUGCGCUACUUCGACCCUCUGCGCAACGAGUAUUUCUUCGACAGGAACCGGCCCAGCUUCGACGCCAUCCUCUAUUACUACCAGUCGGGCGGCCGGCUCCGCAGACCCGUCAAUGUGCCGCUGGAGAUGUUCUCGGAAGAGAUCAAGUUCUAUGAACUGGGCGAAGAGGCGAUGGAGAAAUUCCGCGAGGACGAAGGUUUCAUCAGGGAGGAGGAGCGGCCGCUGCCCGAGAACGAGUACCAGCGCCAGGUCUGGCUGCUGUUCGAGCACCCCGAGAGCUCGGGGCCGGCCCGGGGCAUCGCCAUCGUCUCGGUGAUGGUCAUCCUCAUCUCCAUCGUCAUCUUCUGCCUGGAGACCCUGCCCCAACUGAAGGACGACAGGAAGCGUGUGAUGCAGGUGGGCAACACCACCAUGCCAUACAAAUCCAACAUCCUCACCGACCCUUUCUUCAUCGUGGAGACUCUCUGCAUCAUCUGGUUCUCCUUCGAGCUCAUCGUCCGCUUCUUUGCCUGUCCCAGCAAAGCGGAGUUCUUCAAGAACAUCAUGAAUUUCAUCGACAUCGUGGCCAUCAUCCCUUACUUCAUCACCCUGGGCACGGAGCUGGCAGAGGAGGAUGAGGGCAACAUGAGUGGCGAGCAGGCCACCUCGCUGGCCAUCCUUAGGGUCAUCCGGCUGGUCCGUGUCUUCCGCAUCUUCAAGCUCUCCAGGCACUCCAAGGGUCUCCAGAUCCUGGGCCAGACCCUCAAGGCCAGCAUGAGGGAGCUGGGUCUUCUCAUCUUCUUCCUCUUCAUCGGGGUCAUCCUCUUCUCCAGUGCCGUGUUCUUCGCGGAAGCCGAUGACCCCGACUCCUUCUUCACCAGCAUUCCGGACUCUUUCUGGUGGGCUGUGGUGUCGAUGACCACCGUGGGCUACGGAGACAUGUACCCGGUCACCAUCGGAGGUAAGAUCGUGGGGUCCCUGUGCGCCAUCGCCGGAGUGUUGACCAUUGCGCUGCCCGUGCCCGUCAUCGUGUCCAACUUCAACUACUUCUACCACCGGGAGACCGAGGGUGAGGAACAGGCCCAAUACCUGCACGUUAGCUGCCCGAACAUCGUGUCGGACAGCGACCUUCGAAGCCGCAGCUCCUCCACCGUUAGCAAGUCGGAGUACAUGGAGAUUGAAGAGGAUGUGAACAACAGCAUAGACAAUUUCAGAGAAGCAAACCUCAGAACUGGCAACUGCACUGUAGCGAACCAAAACUGUGUGAACAAAAGCAAACUGCUGACAGAUGUUUAAACAUCUGCGGGCUCCGUGGCCAGAGCCACGCCACUCAGAUACUGUUCCUUGUAUUGGCUUUGUUAACCUCGUUAAUGCGUUGUGGCAUUGCAGUUAUGCUAAGCGAAAUAAGCUUUCAGAAUUACGUGGAAGAUAUAUUAUCAUUUAUUUUUAAAUGGCUUUCUUUCUCCAACUGCGUAACGAGGGAGAUCUUUUUCCAGAUCCAUUCACGUGAGCAACGUCGGUAUAUUCUUUAAAACUUGGACCGACACCUGCUCGCCAACCUCGAAUGAAGUUUUUAACAGUUCAUUUACCAGUGCAUGUGUUAAGGGACAAUUCUGCGGACUGUGCCGUGCAUCCAAACAUCGCGAACGACCAAAAGCAUCAACUCCCGCAGUUCUGCUGAAUCUUGCGAGCAUUUGCAGCUUUCGACCCCACUGAUGAAUUUUUCAUUGCGUAAGAUGAUUGUUUUAUGAAUAGUAAAACUACAUCGCCAUUCUUUUGUGACUGCCUUUGUUUCAACUUUCUGAUCUGACAACGAAUCUGUCAAAAACACCUGCAGUGUUGCAAUUUUCAGAUAUCGCACUUCAUAUCCUUCCAGGACUGAACGUUCACAAUCCCAUUCCCGAUUGGAUGUGAGAAGCAUAAUUUAAGAUACAAAUCCCGGAAACAAUAGCAUGCCUUGAUAUUCAUCAUCCAUUUUUUUGUCUGGCAUGCCUUGAACAUUACCUCAAGUAACAGGAAACAAGUCUGCGUUUUAAAUUAUAUUUCUGGAGAGUUAGUUCUCAUUUGCCGACACCAAAAGUGCAAUGGCUUAUUAUUUACAUUGUUAUUUCCAAGCACUCAUGGCCUGAAUGCUAACUUGUAUGGGUAGAGUAACUUUAGAUCAUAGCAUGUUUAACUACUUAACAUUAUGCCCUUUUCGGGAAUGGUAACUUGUAACCCUCUAUAACUUUUGCAUGACGUUAGGUUACAAAAGAGAUUUCAACUGUAAGGAUAGGAUAGCGAGGGACCAGAUGAUUUUCCUAAAUAAUUUCAGGGAAAUGAGUUGAUUCAUGUCCUAACAAUGCUGAAAAUAUGGUGCAAAGUUGCCCUGUUACUUCUGGGGAAUCCGAAAAGGUGAAAACAGGUUAGAUAGUGUAUAUACUUAUAUAUAACACAAUUUAAUUUAAAGUGGAACUAUCACACUGAUAAGAAAGCAUGCCUUUCCUGCAUUUUAACAGAAUGUAAAUGUAAAAUAUAUGUAAAUGAUGCAUCCAAGCCAUUCAUUUCCUAAUUUACCCUCAUUGAUAACAAAACAUUUAGUUUGAGCUUCCCUAUUCUUUAAGGCAGAAACUCAGUGAAUUACUUAGCUAGUUGCUAGUGCCUUUCCAAUCCUUACACUCCUGGACUGCUGGAAGUGCCUCCAUGUACAAAGAAUGAUUGAAUGAGAUGACAUCCACAGAAAUCUUCAUCUGUUGCACAGUGAAAAUAUACCACCUCCUUUCUGUUCGACAGUCUGGGGCAGAAUCGUUGACCUGUGAGGGCCAAAUGGACAGUUUGUGGAAUAAAUAGCCUUUCAGAUACAUGUGAAGAUUUAAAACAACUGGUGAGAGAGAUAGGAGAUGUACGAACCACUGGCAAAAGGACACUGCAGCUCAACAGGAGCAGCAGGAGUGAUCUUGGAAUAUCUGAUGUUCCCAGCAUAUUAAGAUCUGAACAAGUUGUUACACUAAAUCAGUAAAUACAGCAUGUUACCAUCAUCUCUUUCUGCCCACCUGCAUAACCUGCAAUGUACCAAAAAGGAGAAUGAAGAUUCCUCAGCAGACUACCUCAGUUUAGAUUGAUGAAAAUACUGUUUCAUUGUGUGGCUCCAGGCUGAGGGGAUUCUUAUCUUUUGGUUAUUCUGAAUUAACCAUGAUUUAAGUGGAGGUUUAUCUUCAGUUUACUUUCGUAUCAUCUUUUCUGGAGCCGUAUUUUCGAGGCAGUUUCGAAGCUUACAUAUGUUGCCAACAUCUCUCGUUUAGCCUGUCACUCUCCGUAGCCUAAUUGUAAUGCAGAAACUUGUCAUGCUACUUAAGACCUGAAGCUCUCAAAGAUAUCAUGGGACAAUUACAUCAUUAGUUGGAGAACUAUAUGGCAAUUUCCCAAAGACCUGGAGAAACAAGUGUUACGUUUUUGUAAUUAACAUCAUGCGAAUCUUGAGACAGAGGGACCUACCUGGAUAUGGUUGUGUUUAUUGCAAGAUAUCGUUUGUCGUCCAAGGAUAAUACAGACCUAAACAACUGGAUGAGAAUGCAAUUAAGUUACAAACGGAACAAAGGGUUGACUAUAAAUUGUACUUUCUUGGAAAUCUCAGGAAUGCAAAAGAAAAGGAUUUCACAAUUGUGAAGCUACCCCAAGAUCAAGUGACUGAAUUAGUUGAUACAACUGAACUGAGGGUAGAAUUGGAAGUUACGCAGAGGAAUUUUGAAUAACUCUUGAUGAACUGCGUUUGCUGUUGGCAACAGGGCAUUAACUUCUUCAUUUAGAAUAUGUAAACCACCCAUACUCUGGUUAUCCUGAUCCUUCCACAUCACAUAAACCUUGAGGUAGGACAACAUUUUCCCCUGUGUUAAAUGACUUUAAUACUGCACUUAAUAAACAGCAAUAAAUGAUCCAAUGCUGCAGACCUGCUUUGAUAAAAUCUAUGUGGCUUCUGGCAGCUCAUGCUUACUUUAGCAAUUGAGUUUCUAGUUUUUGGGAAAUUGCACCGUAGGUUAACAUUUAUCUGCAUGUGAUUGAGAAGUGUGCUGCAUGCAGUUUUUUGAUAAUGAAGGUUCUGAAAACCAGUGGGAUGGGUUAGUGUAUGAUGAUGUUUAUUUAUAACCAAAACAGCUAAGUACAUGAUAUGGCUAGAGAGAAAAGCUGAUGUAAUAUAGGCAUGUCUUUCUGGUUAUGCAGUUUUGGUAGGUAUUCCUUAUCCUGGGCCAGCUUGGUAAAGGCAUUGUACAUAGAUCUGAAUGUACACAAGGUGGCUGGUUGUGAACAAUGUCAUGAAAGAGCCUCUUCUCUUUUUAUAAUAGAAUCAUUAAUUAUAUUAGUGAAAAUGAAACAAAUCAAUAUAACAAGGAUGGCUGACUUGGUGUAAUGUUUUAAGUUAUUUUGCCCAGUUUAAAGUGGUUUGCACUGAAUAAUAUGCAUUAAAGUGACAUGAUUAAAACGAGGAACUCUGUUAUUUGUAUCUGAGGUAAAAUUUAUAUUAAUUUGAUCAAAGAAAUGAACAAGAGAGAGGGGAGACAAAAGUGUAACUGUGAUGAUGCACAAUCUAUUGCUGAUGAGCACAUUUCAAUUCAGCUCAGCAAUUAAUGAUGGAGAGUUUCUGUUUUAAGUGUGGUUAGGAUUACAAUUUGAAUAUAUUUUCAGCCUUGAUCUGAUAUUUUGUACAUGUGAGGAUAUAACAGGUAUUUUAUUCUCUUUAAUCAAACCUGUUAAGGGUCAAAUUAGCACCGAAUGAAGUCAAGGCUUCCGUGGUGUGGUCAAAGUGGCACAUUAGAGACUUUGCACAUUGCUGGUUAACGCCUUGUUUGAUAUGGAAGUAUUGGGUGUUGAAGUAGGGGAAAAAAAACCUUAAUUCCUAAGUACUGUCAAACUUUCAUUUAGCAUAAAAUGCACUUUAAAAUUCAGCACAAAUUGCCUUAACAGGUACAUUGAUCUUAAAAGUGAAAAGAGGUUCUGCAGCCUGUGUACUGUCAGGCCCAGGGCUUUCAAGUCUGAAUAGUCAUAGUAUUGCUAUUGUCACUUAUAAGUUAUAUCAUUUUGAAAACAGUUAUGUUGUCAGGCUUGUUCAUUUCCUGUUUAGGGAUGUCAUAAUAUUUUAAUGUAUCAAUAAAUUGUGGUUCAUAAAUCCUCAUAUUCAUAAUGCAUUCACUCACUUAUGCUCCUCCAGAAGGACACUCUAAAGACCAUGAUAAUCCACCGUGUUGUAAUAACAUGAAAAACGCCCAAUCAGUCAAUUGUGAUGGAAAUAUUUGUAAUGAAAUGAUAGUUUUUGUCCAGAUUUAUUCUAAUUUCCUUGUUUAGAGGAUAAUUCAUUUGAUGUUGAAUAUUAUACUAUCAAAACCCUGUUAUGACAUCCCUACGCAGCGGGAUACAAUGAUUCAGUCUUCUGAUUUACUAUUCAUUUGCCUGUUUACUGUCAUAAUCAUGCCUAUAAUUUGGAUUUAUAAAAUAUUGUUAACUAAAAGCAUAGUUUCUUGCCCAGUGCAAUCUGCUCAAUGUAUUAAUCACUUUACCUUCCCCUUCAACCAAAUAACAAAUUAAAGAUGAAUUUCCAGGCUCUGACUCAGCUAUGUCCUGACUGGUUAUUUUCAAUAAAGUAAUUAGUGUGCAGGGUAUAUUUGAAACUAUUAGUGUUUGCAGUAUAUGAGUAAUUUAUCACCAGGCCACAUACAAAAAAUGCAUUUGUAUCCAUUCAACUUUGCAGCUGCUUUAAACCCAUACCAAUGAGAAAUAAAUUGUUUGAAGCUGAGCUGAGGUAGAUUUUUUUUUUUUAAUCUUUUAUGAAUGAAAUAGAUUGAGACUGUUUAUUGUGUGCAUAUUUCUACUGACUUGUAAAUCUGAGUUAAUUAAAAUAAAUACUAUGUACAAUAACAUGUUCUCUGGAAGUCAUCCCUUCCAAAACAACACAGACUAGUUCAGCAAAGACAGCUUAUGUGGCGGAAGACCUGAGGCAUGAGCAAGCUCUGAUGUUCUUUUAUGUGAGGGAAACGCUACCAUUUACAAUCUCGGGUAAGGUUUCCAGUUUUAAUCUAUAUUAGUUUGGUUCUACUUGUCUACAAGGAGUUGAUUUGCAAAAGAUCAAGAAGUAUCGUAUCACUGAUAUAAAUGACUGUUGUUUACUUGUGAUAGAAUUAUUCAGUUGUUGAAACAUUCAAGCCUAACUAUCACAUUAAAAACCUUGCACAGUAA